CUGGUUGGCGCCCAGCCGCUACCAGCCGGCUCCGGUGCAAGGGGGCGGCGCUAGCCAAGGCAUGGAUUUGCAGUCCGGCUGCAGGCAGACUGGGAGUGGAGAGGGAAGGUGCCCGCCCAUCGCCCGGGUCCAGUCACUUCCCCUUGGUGGCGCAGAGCCGACCAGCGUCAUGCAAAAAGCAGGGCUGCUGCUGAGAGGCUAUACCCAGGCGUGGAAGUCGGUGACGACGGCCAGCUCCGGGAUGGCACGCCGGGAGCCGCUCGCGAAUAAGGUGGCCCUAGUAACGGCCUCCACGGAAGGAAUCGGCUUUGCCAUUGCCCGACGUCUGGCCCAGGACGGGGCGCAUGUCGUGGUCAGCAGCCGGAAGCAGCAGAACGUGGACCAGGCAGUGGCUACGCUGCAGGGGGAGGGGCUGAGCGUGAUGGGCACCGUGUGCCACGUGGGGAAAGCAGAGGACCGGGAGCGGCUGGUGGCCACGGCUCUGAACCUUUAUGGAGGCAUUGACAUCCUCAUCUCCAAUGCUGCUGUCAGCCCUUUCUUUGGAAACCUAUUGGAUGCCACUGAGGACGUGUGGGACAAGAUUCUGGGCAUUAAUGUGAAGGCUGCAGCCCUGAUGACAAAGGCAGUGGUACCAGAGAUGGAGAAACGAGGAGGUGGCUCAGUAGUGAUAGUGGCCUCCAUAGCAGCCUACAAUGCAUUUCCUGGCCUGGGCCCUUACAAUGUCAGUAAAACAGCCCUGCUGGGCCUCACCAAGAAUCUGGCCUUAGAGCUGGCUCAAAAGAACAUUAGGGUGAACUGCCUGGCGCCUGGCCUCAUCAAGACUAACUUCAGCCGUUUGUUGUGGAUGGACAAGGCAAAAGAGGAGAGCAUCAAAGAAACCAUGCAGAUAAGAAGAAUGGGCAAGCCAGAAGAGUGUGCCGGCAUCGUGUCUUUCCUGUGCUCAGAAGACGCCAGUUACAUCACUGGAGAGACAGUGGUAGUAGGGGGAGGGACCCCAUCCCACCUCUGAGGACCUGGAGAGAGCCCACCAGAGCAGAGAUUGGGCUCCAAUUGAAUCAAUUCUGCCCUGUUAAAAGAUCCAGCCUUCUCUGCAAUCAAGGUGUGGUCCCAUAAGGAUUCCUGCUGCUGCUGUAGCCUUGGAAAAAGACUUCCCCUGAGAACAGAGGGCAGGCCUACUGAGAAGGGCUGAGUCUACCUUAGCAAAGACCAACUAACAUUUUUUUCCUGUGCAUGGGGAAUCUGAGGGAGGUGGGAGAAAAGGAACCUCAGUGGAAAAAGCAGGGUUGGAAAUUAACAACUUGCAAAUGAGGUACAAAUAAAAUGUAGGUGGUUCUGUUGCUUUG